AUGGAUGGUUGGGUGGAGAAAAAGAAAAGGAAGAAGACGGACCGCAACAGGGUACUUGAUGUCGAUAAAAUGCUCGACGAAAUAGAUGCCGAAGAUCCGGUGGACGACGAGGAGAUUGAAAGGAUUCAGCGGCUGGAGGAGGAGUUUGGUGACUUGAGGCGUUUUACGCCUGACGAGGUUGAGGACCUCCUGGGGCCGGAAACGCCGAAGUCUGGAGAUCGCGAGCCAAAGCCAAGCGAGCAUGGAGAUCGCGAGCCAAAGCCCAACGAGACUGGAGAUCACGAACCAAAGCCCAACGAGGCUGGAGAUCGCAAGCCAAACGAGGCUGGAGAUCACGAGCCAAAGCCAAGCGAGCCUGGAGAUCGCGAGCAGCCCAUGGCUGCCCAGCAAAAGUACGCAGAGGCUCAUUUGAAGAUCUUUGGAUCCGAUGCCAUCACGUUGGAUGAUAGUUCCAGUGAAACCGAUCUGGCUACGAUGGAAGCUUUAGUGGAGCAGAGAAAUUUUGUGCAUCCAGAUGCCGUUGCCAACGAAAAGGACGAGCAAGGAUUGGACACUUCCAAGGGCAAUGCCAAGAAAAAGGCCAGCGGGGACACGAUUCCGGAUAAUGAAGGGAAUAAGAAGAAGAAAAAAGGAAAAAAGGCUCCGGAGGAGCCCAACAAGACUUUCGCCGGUCGCCCGCCGCCGACAACCACGCCGUUUCUCUGGAGAUUUCAGUUUGCUGCUGAAGCUUUCCAGGAGUGUCCUGCUUGA